UAAAAGCAAUAAGGACUCCGUGUCGUGCCUGUAUCUCUUCAAAAAUUCAGUGUAAAGCCCGGCCACAUCUCCCCGUCCCUGGUCUGCGGUCUCUUUAAAUCCAAAUCCACUGGACGAGAGCUCCGCGUCCUCAAGAAAGUUGCUUGGCCGCUGUGACUGCCCGCACUCCAACCUGAUAAACAGCUGCUUACCAUUUAGGGCAGUUGAGAAAGUUUUUUUCUCGAUACUCCUCGGAUCGGGACCUUUGGUGAACGGCGCAGCUUUUCGGGGGAGAUGUUUCAGAGGUAGAAAAGUCUGCGCUGCUGGACGCUGAAAGUCUGGGAUCGUAGGUUUGCGAAAUGCUGAGGCAUUCUCUGCCCAACAUCUGGAUUAACUAUUUGGAGUCAGAGUCAGCGGCCCUGCGCAAAACUCUGAAUAUCUAACCCCAUCUCCUAUGGAAAGACCGUCUCUUACUGUGGAAUUUAACUCCUGUUGAUAACUCGAGUUUUGCGCGUAGAUUAUGUAUUCUUUAAAAUGGGUGCGAACAAUGGAAAACAGUAUGGAAGCGAGGGUAAAGGGAGCUCAAGCAUCUCCUCUGACAUAAGUUCGAGUACAGAUCACACACCAACUAAAGCUCCAAAGAAUGUGGCUACCACCGAAGGUUUGGACUCAAGCACUCGGACACUGAGCACCCCCAGCCCUGGUCUUAUCCUCCCGUCCAAGUCAUCCUCUCUCUCCUCACCAGCUCUCUCCAGCAACGGGCACGAGACCAACUCCUCCUCUUCUUCUUCUGCCCCUGCUGAGACUGUCGCCGUUGUCCACCCUCAGCCGGGCACCCACGCACGCUCCCGACAAUCCAAAAGCCACCACCACGCCCCCAUCGACCUCCUCCCGGACCACACCCUCCUGCAGAUCUUCUCCCAUCUCCCCACCAAUCAGCUGUGCCGCUGUGCACGUGUGUGUCGGCGCUGGUACAACCUAGCAUGGGACCCUAGACUGUGGAGCACCAUCCGGCUAACCGGAGAGCUGCUGCAUGCCGACCGCGCCAUCAGGGUUCUUACGCAUCGACUGUGCCAGGACACCCCUAAUGUCUGCCUGACCCUGGAGACGGUGGUGGUCAGUGGCUGCAAAAGGCUCACCGACCGGGGCCUGCAUGUGGUGGCUCAGUGCUGCCCUGAGCUACGUCGCCUGGAGGUCGCCGGCUGCUAUAACAUCUCCAACGAGGCUGUGUUUGAGGUGGUGUCUCGCUGUCCUAACCUGGAACACCUGAACCUCUCAGGCUGUUCCAAGGUGACAUGCAUCAGCCUUACCCAAGAGGCCUCACUCCAGCUGUCCCCACUGCAUGGCCAGCAGAUCUCCAUCCAUUAUCUGGACAUGACUGACUGCUUCUCCCUGGAGGACGAGGGUUUGCGCACUAUUGCCUCCCACUGCCCCCGGCUAACACAUCUCUACCUGCGUCGCUGCACCAGGCUGACAGAUGAAGCCUUGCGUCACCUGGCUCUCCACUGUCCUUCCAUAAGGGAGCUCAGCCUCAGUGACUGCCGCUUGGUUGGGGACUUUGGCCUGCGUGAGGUAGCCCGCCUGGAAGGCUGUCUGCGCUACCUGAGCGUGGCCCACUGUACUCGCAUCACGGAUGUGGGCAUGCGCUACGUAGCUCGCUACUGCCCGCGUCUACGCUACUUGAAUGCGAGGGGUUGCGAGGGGUUGACGGACCACGGCCUGGGCCACUUGGCCAGGAGCUGCCCCAAGCUCAAGUCUCUGGAUGUGGGUAAAUGUCCCCUGGUGUCGGACAGUGGGCUGGAGCAGCUGGCUAUGUACUGCCAGGGCUUGAGGAGGGUCAGUCUGAGGGCCUGCGAGAGCGUGACAGGCAGAGGACUUCGGGCUCUGGCGGCCAACUGCUGUGAGCUGCAGCUUCUCAACGUGCAGGACUGUGAGGUGUCACCAGAGGCACUGCGAUUUGUCAGACGCCACUGCAGGCGCUGUGUCAUUGAGCACACAAACCCCGCUUUCUACUGAGAUAGGGGGGAUUUGGAUUGGCCUUCUGACAAGUGGAUGUUUUAAUAUUCCUGCAAUGAUGUUGGUUGGCAGAUUUUAAGGGCUGAUGUGUCAGAGCUGGUUGUAAACUGGUGUGCAAUAUUGGCCAGAGUUGUUCUUUUAAAUCUGCAUGGUUGUUGAUAAUGCUGUCCUUUGAAAAUACUUCAAUAGAAUGUAUUUAACGUAUUUAUCUGUAAAAAGGUGGAGAAUUACAGUGUUUCAGUGUAUUACCUUUUGUUCCACGUCACCAUUUGCAAUGUAAUGACUAUGCUACAACAUUGAGCACUGGGUACAGAUGUGUUACCGUGUAAAUGCAUUUUAAUAUACUUUGUUUUUCUGUUCAUCAUCACUUUAAGGCCCUGAAACAUAAUCAGUAUCAUACAUUACUACACUUAUUUAUAAACAGCAAGUAUCUUCAAAAUAAACCACUAAGAAUGUAGCUAAUCCAUCAACAAAAGCAGAUCUGGUCUAAAAUAUAACCUUGUCAUUUUCACUAAGUACUUCAAAUGUUCUUCCUUUAUGUUAUGUGCAUAUGCACUUUAAGCAAUUUUACUGACAAUCACUUCCACUGAGCUCAAAGUGUUAUAUUUCAGAUGAUUUUGUCAAUUUAAGUACUAUUGAGUAUAGUUCAUCACUAGCCAGAGGAAUCUCACUGCCAAAUACAAAAAAAAGUGGUAUGCAAUCAUUGUUUAAAAUGAACAGGAACACAUUGCUGCUAUAACUGCGCCAAU